AAAAAAGAUAAUGGGAGGUUUUAGUAAAUUUUUCAAUGAACACUUAACUACGCUUACUUGCCGAGAUCUUCACAAAGGAAUAUCUUGCAAAAAGCAAGCGUUAAACAUAAUCAUAGGUUGUCCAAUAAAAUCAUUGAAAUUUGUUACACCGCUCGCUUUCUUAUCACUUUUGCCUAAAAUUCGUACGCUGUCUCAAACCGAGUUGCAAGAGACGUUAAGGAUUAUUGCCACCAUAUCGUUGGCUUUCUCAAUAAAUGGUGCUACCGCUAUGUGUCUAGUAUGUUUGUUAGGAAAUCUGCUCGGAAGACUUACUCUAUAUACAACAGUUUUCGUACCUUGUCUGCUGUCUUCUUAUUGCGUAUUUCUGAUUGAUACGAAAGCAGGGCAAAUAGCAGCCGACGUCUUUUAUCAAUGUUUUAUAGAAACACUUCUGAGACGCAAAAAUGUGAUAAGUAGAACAGUUUCCGGAUCUAAACUUAUACAGACGAUAAUAUUUGUGAUGUGUAGUGGUUUGAUUUUACAUGGAAAACGCGAAUACAAUUUGAAAGAAGUUUGGAUAGCUACGCCAAACAGGUUAACUGUACGCAAUGGAGAGGAGAAAUCCAAAAUCCACUGUCAUCUACAUAAGGACAUGAGUUGUCGCAAUCAUUUGUGGAUUGGUAUUCGUAACUAUUUUUUGACGGGCUUGGCUUUGGAUUUCGCAGCGAUCUUUAAAGGGGCAGCGACUCAACCGACUUCACGAGAUCUGUGGAGCAAAAUAAAACAUUUUCAAUUGUUUUCAGCUCCGUUAGCUUGUCUGUAUAUUGCUCUAUACCGGUCAAUCCAUUGCUUUUUGAAUCAUUUCAAUAAUUUUUCGGAUCAAAUUAAUCAUGCUUUAGCUUCAUGUUGCGCUGGCCUAUGUUAUUUUCUCUAUCCGCAGCGGACCCUAUUUUAUUUUGCGGUGUUACAAGCUGUUCAAACGUUGUGGCAACUCUUUAAAAUUGCAAAUUCAAAAACUACAAAUAAAUGCUUCAAAUUUUUCCUAAAUUUUCCCUAUCGAUUAAUUGCGUAUCCUUUAACUCAGGCAUACAUGGCGCAUGUGUAUGUUAUGAAACCACAGCUUUGCAGCCGCUUUACUGUUAAAAUUUUAGACAAUGCUACGAAUGAUCAGUAA